AUGUUGGAGGCGUCGCUGGGUCAGAACUUCUCCCACAGCAGCUUCGUGUUCAGAGGCUUCCCAGAGCUGCAGAAGCACCGGCGGCUGCUGGCGCUGCCGUUCUGUGCGUCCUACCUGCUGGUGCUGCUGGGAAACUCUCUGGUGGUCUACGUGAUCCGCGGCGUGGACAGCCUGCACAGCCCCAUGUACCUGCUGGUCUGCCUGCUGUGUGUGGUCGACGUCCUCGUGGUGUCCGCCAUCAUCCCCAACAUGCUGCUCGGCUUCCUGUUCGACUGGAAUCGCAUCUCAUUGGCUGGCUGCUUGACUCAGAUGUUCUUCACUCACUUCCUGUCCUCGGUGGAGUCCACGCUGCUGCUGGCGAUGGCGUUGGACCGAUACGUCGCCAUCUGCCGGCCGCUGCACUACGCCGAGAUCAUGGACUCGUCCACGUUGGCGAAGCUGCUGCUCUUCACGCUGCUGCGGAGCGUCUCUAUCAUGGCGACGCUGGUGGGUCUGGCCGGUUCUCUGCGGUUCUGCGACUCCAACGUUAUCCGGCACUGCUACUGCGACCACAUGGCGCUGGUCAGCCUGGCCUGCAGCAGCACCGCCAGGAACAGUGCAGCCGGCCUCGCCGUCAUCAUCUGCUUCGUAGGCGUGGACAUACCGCUCAUCUUCUUCUCCUACGUGAAGAUAAUCAGCGUCGUGCUGCAAGCAGCAGCCGGUGACGACCGCCGCAAGGCUUUCCACACCUGUGGGACUCACCUGAUGGUCAUGAUGUGCUUCUACCUGGUGGGCAGCGUCACCUUCCUGUCUCACAACCUGAACAUCCCCAUUCCCACCGACGUCAACACCUUCAUGGGUCUCAUGUACAUUCUGCUCCCGGCAACAGUCAACCCCAUCAUCUACGGCGUCCGGACCAAAGAGAUCCGCAACGGCUUUCUGAGGAUUUUUAAACUGCGAGCGAAGACAAUCCUGUCUGUGAAAGUUUCUCCUGCUGGAAAAGCACAAACAUGA